CCGCUCAAAUGGACCGUUAAAAAAAAGACGCAGCGCCAGGUGGAUGAUAACGUGACGUGAGUAGGCCUAGUACAUAACAUUCAGUUCAGCAUUUGCCAACAUGAAACUGAACUUUAAGGAGCUAAACUUUCCGGAGUAUUCUCUGACGGCUGCCGCGAUAUACCUGCCCUUUUGAAGUUAAGAACACGGAGGAUGGAGCUCCGGAUUAAAAUCAGGCGGAUUGUCACAGUCCUGGGCCUCGUCUUCGUCAAUUUGGCGGUUCUGAAGGAGAACAUCGCCAGUGCCACGUCCGAAUGUGAGCUGCCCGUCAAGCACGGAGAGGUAGCCUGGCAGUCGAACCUUACCGGCACUGUAGUCGACGUGAAGUGGAAUUAUGGCAAGGAAAAUUGCAAUUCCGAAGUAUCGUGCUUCGGAGUCAACGGCACAGAGAACAUUCCCAUGGAUGUGCAGCUGAAGCCUUUGCAAAUCCAGCGCGGACAACUGGUCAGGUUUGUGCCGGGCACUUCCUUCAGCAUGCAGGCUUUCCGCGUCGACCUGGAAGGCUUUGAUGCCUGUGACUCAUCGUACGGACAGGCCGUCUCAAACCAGCCGGUGACAACUGCGUUUAUUGUAGAGGAACGAUAUCUCGCCCUGGGCAGCAAUCUGUUUAUAGGUGAGUUUUCCCAUGCAUAUCUAGGCCAUUUUCUCCCCUCUUUUUUUUUUUCUUUAAUCAGUUUUCUCCGUCUAGUUUAAAGGAGGUUAGAGUGA